GAUGCGUCGCAGGGUGGAGGGUGCAGUGGUGACGUCCAGCGGGCGCCGUCGCGUUCCAGCGUCUUGUGAUGGCGGCCGUGUGUUCGAGCCCAUGAGGCGGGGGAACGGGGUGCCGAGCCGCGCUGCGGUGAAGCAGAGAACGUCCGAGGCCAUGGCGGGGGUGUUUGACAUCGACCUGGACCAGCCCGAGGACGCCAUUUCAGAUGAUGAGCUGGAGGACGGGGUGAGAGCAGCCGGACACUUACUGGAGAGAGAGGCCGCCCUGGGUAGAGCAAGGCCUCCGUGCCCAUAGCCAGCCGGCCGGCCGGUCAGCGCACACUGCCUGCGGUUAUAGAGAGAGAGAGAGAGCUCCGAUAUACCGGGCCGGGCCGGCUGGGAGCUCCCAUACUAAUUAUUAUUAUUAUAAUAGAGGAAUGGAGGGGGCUGUGCUGGGCCGCCAGCUGUGCGGUGUGUGGCUCUAUCCAGCUCCCCGUUAUAGAGAGACACUGUAAUAACACACGGUCUCUGACUAUGUAGGAUUCGCUCUAUACCAGGCUGCAUUUAAAAUCAAACUGCAGAUUAUUUAUUUUUACAAAAAUAGCAGGGCUGUGUGGUAAGUAUGGAAAAUAUUUUCAAUUGGUCUGGUUUUUUUUUUGUUUGUUUUUUUUAAACCUGAAAGGUGACCAAAUAAGAUCACUGAUCACCCAGUUUUUGAGCAGGUGGUAUCUUUCAGUAAGUGUUUUGACGCCGUAUUUGUUGUGAGGAUGUGAAAUAGUUAUGUAUUCUCGUAAGACAUAUGUCAGCCUUUGUUGAUUUAUCUCUGAUAUGAGGGAUUUAAUUGUUUGUGUUGGUUGGUAUGUCUGAUUUACAGGUCAGACAUACGUAUACUUUUUUCAGUAGACCUACCCAUGUAAUGGCUAAAAAAAAAAUAUAUAUAUAUCCAUAUAGUUCUUUUAACGGAACAAUUAACACACUAUAACCACUACACCACACUUUAGUGGGGUAUGCUACCAAGAGCAGACUUAGAGGUUCUGACUGUGUCCUAAAGUUUGGAGACAGGGAGCAGAUUCUGGCAGACCCCUGGCUAAGUCAUCUCAAACAGUUUGGUUCCACAGGGAGUUUGCAAGGGUGUUAUGGAGUGGUUAUGGUGCUUGGCCUGAUGCUUUAGUUGUGAAGAGGAGCUGAACCACCGAUUCCUUGGAGGAACGCUGCCAUGGGGGAUACCAUCCAAACAUUUUUUGCAUGAAUUCUAGCUGUGGUAUUCAAAGAGGCACUUUAAAUUCAUGCCACGUUAGUAAAGUUUGUUACAGUUUUGUAAAGUUUGUCUGUGUUGAAGGCCAUGUCAGUCGUAUGUGGUUUUUAAUACAAAGUUGGCACAAGUAACAGAUGCUAGUUUUUGUAGUUUUAUGAUGCUUUUUUGUGUGAUCACUCUAGUACACAAUACUGCCCUGUAAAGAGUUUGAAAUGUGAUUCACUGUGGCAAACAGAAUCCCCAAAAAUUACACAUUGCCAUAAAGCUAAAUUAUGUGGAGUAAAGUGGCUAUGUCACUGCAAUAAAACAAAUAUCUUUAUGAAAUACUCAUCCAGUUUUCUUGUGGAAUUUAAUAAAAAGAUAAAGUAGUCAAAAGAAGAUAUGACUGUGUGGAAUGGGGGCACAUAAUUACUUUUGAAUUAUUGUGAUAUGAUUUAACAUUUAUCCCAUUGUCUGCACCAAAAUUCUUCUCAGAGUGUUCAAGGUUAUAUUAUGUAUUUAACUUUUCUAAUCCUUAAUGCACUUGCCAUCUAGAUGUUUUCUUAGGGCCAGAAUUUCUUGAUUUCCCAGUUUAGCAUGAGUGAGUUAAAGAGACACUAUAUUCACCUGAACAACUUCAGCUUAAGGAGGUUGUUCAGGUGAGAACUAUAACUCCCUGCAGCCUUUCUCAUGUAAACACUGUAUUUUCUGAGAAAAUACAGUGUUUAUAUUGAAAGCUAUGAACACUUCCAUUUGCAGUCACUCAGAGUGAACCAGAGGGACUUCGGAGUUGAUGGAGGCAUAAUAUGCCCCUCUCCACUGAAAUCUGCUUUCAGCAGAGCACAGGGCAGCACUGUGCACAGCAUCCUGUGAUUCAGUAUUUCCUCCCUCUGCAUGCAGACACUGAACUUUCCUCAUAGAGAUUCAUUGAUUCAAUUAAUCUCUAGGAAGGAGAUGCUGAUUGGCCAGGGCUGUGUUUGAAUCUUGCUGGCUCUGCCCCUGAUCUGCCUUUCUAUCAGUCUCAGCCAAUCCUAUGGGGAAGCACUGUGAUUGGAUCAGGCUACCACAUGUCCGCAGACUACUUGUUUUUCCGAGUCUAAGAGCAUGCAGAUUUACAGCUUCAGGCUUGAAUACAGUAAGAUUUUUACUAUAUUUAUGGAGGCAUGAGGGGCUCAGGGGGGCUAGAUGGUGGUGUUAACACUAUAGGGUCAGGAAUACAUGUUUGUGUUCCUGACCCUAUAGUGAUCCUUUAAUUAGUUGAGAUCUGUUCAUCAAUGGUGGGAUCCUCAAAUCCUGGCCUAUGGUGAUCAUUUUGCACUUUUUUUUACAGAGCUAUUUGCCUUUUCAUAUAACACUAAUUUUCAGAUACCAAUUCUAAUGUGAUCACCAAUGAAGGUGUCUGAAGUAGAACAGGAACGCUAAGGGCUGUCUACUGUAAACACAUAAAGAAAACAAAUUGGCAAGGGAGAUCUGGAUUUUGAAUGUUUCUUCCAUUCUUACCAUUUGUUUUUUUCAAUUUCUUGGGAGACAGCUGUUAAUGGCUUAUAAAAUGGACAUAGCAAACACUUAUAUUGUCAGACAUAUUGGUGCACAAUUAUAUUUGAGCUUCCGGUGACUAACAAAUUGGUAUUGUUUUCCAACAUGUUCCCCUAGUUUCCACCUAGCUGUGACAAAUGUUUGUUUGGUACAAAUAACUUGCUGAGCAUGAAGGCAAGAGAGAAGUGCUGUUUUGUUGGUUUUGUUUUUUUGCUGUUCUUUAUAAUUCAACAGGAGUGGGUCAUAUACAUUAAAGAUAGCAGUAAGUACGUGAGUAUAUUCAUUAGACAGGCAAUCAUUCUAAGAAGUAUGGGGAAUGAGGUUUUAUAACAAAGUAAUAUUAACUCAAGUAAGUAAAAUAAAGGUUAACACGCUUAUCCCUUGUGGGCAUGAGGUUGCAGCAGGAAGUAACAAUAUUCAACUAAGGGUACAAUACAAUUGCAAAUAUAUCCCUGGAGCUUCAUAUGUUAUCUAAUGGUUCACUAUCAGGUAGCCUGGCAUGUUGGGGUGGAUCGCAAAUACUCACAGCAGAAUACAGUAAUGCAACAGCCUGGAGGCAUUUACAGGUAUAACAUAGUUAUUUCCAAGCUGCGGGAAAAAACUGAACUGAGCUAAACGAAAUUAAAUAAAAGACCUCAAAAUAUCUGCUUUAUGGGGCCAACAUGUUGCCUCUCAUGCAGGUACUUGGCGAUGAGCUCUGCAGUCGUGGAAGGAUCCAGCUGCAACAGGCCCGAUCCUUCUGCCAUCGAGGGCUCCCUGGGGCCCAACUGGUGUAAAAUUGACUCUAGCUGUGGAUAUUCCUCUCUCGCUAUGAAGUGCCAAGAUGCGUACAGAAGAGCUUCGGUAUCCCUUAUCUAUAUUGAAGGUUCUGUUGUCGAAAAAGAUUUCUAGAAGUGGCUGUAAGGCCCUGCACUAUGUGAUAGAGCUCCAGGUGAAGUUUGGGAAUGGUUAUAGAGAGGAGCCCUCAAACAGUAUCACCUUGAAAAGCUGCUAGAAGGGCCUUGUCCUGUAGAUGCUGAACAAAAAUAAGACCCCUUUUCGCUGCCGUUGGUUUGCUUCGGCAAGCGAAACAUGCCGUUGAAUUUCACCACUUUUGGCAGUAACAGGGUGUUGAGCAGGCAUUGGACAAAGUUAGAUAAAUCGGAGAGGCCUGCAGAGUCAUGAAUACUGCAGAUCUUUACAUUGCAACGCCUCCUCUGAUCUUCUGUGGCAUCAACUUUGUUGUUGGUGGCUAGUUGUUGUUUCUGGAUUGCAUCAAUUUUGUCUUAGUUGCUCAAUGAGGCCUCCAGAAGUGUGAGCCGAGAAGAGGUGCGUUCAGUGGCAUCCUUAAUAAGUUGUCAGCUUAUUUUUUUUAGUUGGUCUGCCGUGACUGGCUCCCCAGUAGGGGGGAUUGCUUGGUGCUGGGUCCCAUUGGAGGGAGAAGGCAAGAGACUUAUUUGUGAAGCAGAGGUUAUUCUGGGUUGCCAUAAGCAUUUCUAAAAAGUUGGUUUUUGAAGGACUUCAUAAGAUUGAAGAAUAGGUGCGAGUCUGGUGGGUGUAGGCAGGCAAUUCCAAAUGAAAGGAGCCUUAUGCGAGAAGUCCUGCAAGCGGGUAUUGGAUAUCAUGGCUUGUCAGGCCUUUUUAUUUUUCAUUCUCAUAUCCUCUUCAAUAACAAGUGAGGGCUUUUUUUAAUCAGGUGGGUGCCCGUUUUCCACUUUAAUACCUCUAUUUUUGUGUGGCAAGGUACAAAGCACAAGAGAGUGCGUCUUCUCUGUUAAACUGCUAGCUCUGAUGUUAUAUUAUGUUUUAAAGCUGGAUUUUAUUUGUUAAUUAUAAAUUAGGUUAGCACGUUCCCUGUGAAACCCUUGAUGGAAGUCUAUUCAGUUGUUUUUUGUUCUCAAUCUUCUAUUUGAGUGAAUUAAUCCCAGUCUACAUUCUAAAAUAAACACACUACUUCCUGUUGCUCUGCAAACCACGUACACUUUGUUAAAGGUACACUUUAAAUCAAUUAUGGUUAAAGGACCACUAUAGGCACCCAGACCACUUCAGCUUAAUGAAGUGGUCUGGGUGCCAGGUCCAGCUAGGUUUAACCCUGCCUGCUGUAAACAUAGCAGUUUACAAAUGGGUUAAUCCAGCCUGUAGUGGCUGUCUUAUUGACCGCCUCUAGAGGCGCUUCUCACUGUGAUUUUUCACAGUGAGAAGACGCCAGCGUCCAUAGGAAAGCAUUGAGAAUGCUUUCCUAUGAGACUGGCUGAAUGCGCGCGAGGCUCUUGCCACGCAUGCACAUUCAGCCAGGGACGUCAGAAGACAGAGGAGAGUCCCAGCGCCCAGGAGCACCCUCAGGUCACUAUAGUGGUCCUUUAAUUCUAAGGAAUGCAAAGUUGUUGAUGGCAGUUGAACAUGUGCGCAAUCCCUGGUCUUGUGUGUUAGGAUCUUAUAACAAAAAACAAAGGCAUGAAAGAAAAUUAAGUAACGAGGUUAGCACAGUCAAUGUGAUGUCAAAAGAACAACCCCUUUUUUACAUGUAUAAUUUAAAAAAAAAAAAAUUAUAAAUAAUUUUUAUUCUUUAUUUAGGUUGUGCAUGAGUUAACAAGCAGAUGUGCACUUACACAAUAGCUAGUGCAAUCAUAGGAAUAAAUAUUGGUGACCAACAGUGUGGCUGCAGAUACAAUGCACGUUUUUAUAUAGAGGAGUAGUUAGUAAGCUAGAAAUACAGGUCUAGACUGUGCUUAUCAUACAUUUGUACGUAAAGUUUUGCAAUCUAGACUGAUAUUAGGUUAAAGCAAAAAUGCUAAUAGUUAUACAUGCUUGAAUGUGAGCUAUAUAACGUGUGGGUGCAAGUAGUGUUUAGUCGAAUAACCUCUAUUAAUGUCCCCCCUACGAUCCCCUGGAUGAUCAUAAACGAAAUAAGUUCACUAAAGCGUACAUAAAUCUUAUGAGUGUUCAUCUGAAGCAUAGUAAGGUGAGAGAUAUAGGGCACUUUGCCUGGUAUUAAGUCCCAGUCCUGGUUCAGCCGAUGCUGUGUGUAUUCCCGCCGCUCUGUUCGUUGCAGCUUGCUCCAUCUCCAGGGUAUGGGGAAGUGUGGAGCCCUGUGCCGUGAGGCGGUGUGCUUGUCUGAGGAUAUGUACUCCAAGGUAUGUUCAGAGCUGGGUUUGCCUGUCGGGGGCUGCUAUACCUCUUCAUUAGCCCUCCUGAUGCGGUCGCUCUCUUGGGUCUCGCACCCCUCCUGGGGUUCACAUGGCGUUGCCGGGAGGCGGUCUUUGCUAUGCCCGCCAUGGAUGGUCGGGUUUGGUCACUGCCUUACCCCCCUGGGUCACACGGGUCUGUUUCCGUGGCGGGUCCUCGGGCAGUGCCCUUGGUACUGGGGGCUGCAUGCGGGCCUCUAGCUUCUCCCAGAAGGAGGCGAAUAUUUUGUACAGCCUGUGUUCUGUGUCUGUCCAUGUUUGGCUGAGCCCGGUGUCGUGGCAGGCAUCUGCCAUUUUAGAGGUCUUUCUGGUGUUAGGGUUAGGGCCGUGUGUCGAUGUAUUGAGUCCCCUGCUUUGCUUGGCGUGAGGGUGGACCGGGAUAACCCCCGCCGUUACGGUCCAGUCUUAGGGUCUCCGUUUGUUGUGGCUGCGGGAGAGCGGCAGUCUCCCCCACGCCCACCAUGCUUGUAGGCCGCAGAGUAGUUGAGUGGCCACAGCUUGGAUUGUCGCUUGGAUGGUAUCAUCCUAUUCGUCUGUGUCAGCAAGAGCUGGGUGGCCUCUCUGUAGUGAGAAAUCGUCUUUUUGUUAGUGAAAUUCAGCUUUUUUUCUGGCAGUCAGCAGGAGCUGCAGAGGUUUGCUUCCUCUCAGCUCUGAGAAAUCAUAUUAUGAGCAAACAGAGAAGUCGUCUGAUUAUCCCCGAAAGAGGAGACCUUAGUUUGUUCCUUACAAAUAUCGAACCAGAUAUCAAAUAUUUAGUCUCGCAGCAUCAGCCUCAAGGAUCUCAUUAAUCACUAGUAAAGGUAAUUUCAAUUAACUUUUCCUCAUUAAACUUUUUAGAAAGUUAAAAACACUAUAAACAUGCAUAAAGUAGAAAUAAAAAGAAAUGUACGUACAUUUUUUUUUUUAAAACACCCUUCUUUCUAAAAAAUAUUCUGCACUUGCGCGAAAACUGGUGGGCGGUAAGGAAAUUUUUCCAUCAAGAAAGAUGCAUUAGGACUUUGUCCUUUUAAUAUGUUAAUAUUGAAGCUCUCAUUGCAAUAAGUUGAUUUGCAGAAGUGUAAGGAAAUGUCCAGUUAAGAGCAUGAUUUGUCAGGUUUGUAAGAUUAUUGCAGACGUAGUUAAAUGAUCAAGCUCUCUGUUUAUUAUAGGAGUAUCAGGGUGGCUGAAACUUGCAGCAAUUAUGAAUCAUUCUAUUUGUAAUGCGUGUGGCAACCCUCACAUGACCUAUGAAUUAAAGGAACACUCACAGAUUAAUGGAGUAAUUGUACUCCAUGGGUGCAGUUUCCUCUGUUUUUUGUUAAAUUAUUUUUAAGCUGUUUAACCAAAAUAAUUUGGCAGCACCCAUCAUUAUCAUGUUGUAUUUAUCCUAAAACCAUCCCCACCCCUGUCUUAAUCCUGUGUCAGGGUUGUUUUAUUCAACUUGCCCCAUAACAGUAGUUUAAGUCAGGGCUUGACAAAUUUGCUUUAAAUCUUGGAGCCAACAAAAAAAAGUUAGAAUCGUGUUUUUUUGUUUGUUUUUAUAAACGAGCAUUGUUAGUUUAGAAAAUUCAUUGGAAUCAGCUGAGAUCAUAAAGAUUGAACAACUUUCACAUGUGUCCGGGGGCGGUCACCUAAAUAGUUGGAUACUAUAUUGCAAGAAAUACAUGUUUGUAUUCCUGACACUAGUGUUCAUUUAAAUUCACACAUAAAGAAGACUAGAACCAUACAUCAUGGACAAUUAACGUUUGCUGAUAAUGAAUAUACUUUGAUGUGAUAUUCCAGAUGUGUGCAAUGCAUCAGUUUUUUUCACUUUGCUUUUUAUGGCCAUAAAUAUGCAUUUAUUUUUAGAAUUAAAGGAACACUAUAGGGUCAGGUAUACAAACACAUAUGCCUGACCCUGUAGUGUUAAAACCAUCGCCUUGCCCCCCUAAAUAUAGUAAAUCUUUUAUUGCAGUCUGCUGCUGGUUCUGCCUCUGAUCUGCCUCCUUGGCUAACAUCAGAAAUGUUGAACAAAAGCCAAUCACAAUGUUUUCGAAUAGGAUUGGCUGAGACUGCCAAGGAGGCAGAUUGGGGGCAGAGCCAGCACAAGACAAACACAGCCCUAGCCAAUCAGCAUCUCCUCAUAGAGCUACAUUGAAAUUAAGUUUGUCAGCUGGCCAGCUCUUGAGGUCCCCAAUGACAGGCAGAAGGCCCAGUCACACUUGUGACUUUAGCAACGCCUGUACUUCUGCACUUUGGUGCAGUGUUACAUUACAUGUAAGUAAAAAUGUCUCCCUAUUGUACUAGUAACUCAUUGACAUUGUCUAAUUCCUUGUCGUUCAUCCUCUUUGUUGUACUUGUUUCUCUACCAGCUGCAAAAGUUCUCAGUGUGAGUCAUACAAAGUAGACCCUUCCAUACCUUUUAGCGUAUUAAGUUCAGAGACUUCAUCAGGUCUAGAGUCAUUAUUGCUGAGGCUCUCUUCUACUUUCUUCAGAUGUACCUGUAUCAGCCAUAUUUCAUUAGUACAUUUUCACCAUAGUGUUCUACAGAUGUUUCAAAUAAAUUGAGUUCCAGCAAUUAAAGGGUUUUGAGCAAAUUAUUGGAAUUACUAAAGGCAUAGUGUGAAUAUUUGCUAUAUAUUUAAAUACAUAGUUUUACAGCUUAUGCUAUACUUGAAGCUGGCACGCACUAAUGUUGAUGAAUCUGGUAGAUAUAAUUGAAUGGAAGCUGGUGUCUUUACUGGAGUUUAAGAAAGUUAGGUAAAAGUUCUUGCUCCUUUUCUUUAAAUCUUCAUCUUUUACUGGGGAUGCACCGAAAUUUCGGCAGCCAAAAUUUUCGGCUGAAAAUUACACCUCCCUCCUUGCCCUGCCCACCCCCUUCACCUGCGUGCAGUACUGCGAUAGCACCCUAUUGCUAUCUCUCUAUAUAAACACGUUGUUACUAUAGAUAUUAUAAUACCCACCUCACUGGAUGUGCCAGCCCUGUUUCUACUCCCUCUCCCUUGCUCCAGUGUCCUCAGUGAAGCCACUUCGGGUCUGUCUCUGGAGCACAAUGCCGGCACUCACUGCAAAUGCAAGCUCCUUUACUAUUACAGAACACGGAUAUGAUGUCACCAGAAGUGGGUGUUACCGGGCAGCUAUUUUGCAUGAGAGCAGGAAUAAUGUUAAACCCUAUAGAGAGUAUGGGCAGAGUGUGAGAUCUGUUUGCAGUGUUAUUGGUUAAAGAAAGCUGCAGAGUCAAUGUAUAACAUGAAGACAUGCUUUGUAACACAUGGACUGAGUGGUAAGUGAACCUGGAUAGGUUCAUUAUCGAAGGAAACUGAAUUCUACAUUAUAAACUGACUGGCUGCAAUACAGAGAAUUUUGUAACAUUGUAUUCUGUUGCAUAGAACUAAAUGAAGAAUGUAUAUUGAUAUUAAAUUAAUAUCAACAAUAUAUUCUUUAGUCCUAUAUAACAAACAGAUUUAACCGAUUUUUAUUUGUUUUUUUUAAGUUAUUUUCUGUCUAAUUUUGAUGCGUUACUUUCAAUAAAAGUGUGGUUAUUUUAUUUGCCUGUAGUUUUUCAUAUUAGAUUCACUUAAGUCUAAUAUUAAUAAAAUCAUAGAAAACAAUUUUAAAAUAUUUUUUUGGGGGAAAAGUCUGUUUCGGUUUUUGGCCAAGGGCAUCCUGAAUUUUCGGUUUUGGCCCAGAAUUUUCAUUUCAGUGCAUCCCGACUUCAUAAUUUCUCGACAGAUUUUCAGUCUGUUAGUAAGAACCAUGUAAAGGUGUAGUUAAAGGGAUAUUAUAGUCACCAGAACAAAUACAGCUUAUAGAUUUUUUUUUUUUUCCUUUUCCUGGUGAAUAGAAUCAUUACCUUCAGGCUUUUUUCUGUAAGCACUGUCUUUUCAGAGAAAAUGCAGUGUUUACAUCACAGCCUAGUGAUAACUUCACUGGCCACUCCUCAGAUAGCGGUUAUAGAUCCUUCCUGGGUCAUGGCUGCCUAAAAUGCAUCCAAACAUUUAGUGUCUCCUCCCUUUGCAUGCAGACACUGAGCUUUCCUCAUAGAGAUUCAUUGAUUCAAUUCAUCUCUCUGAGGAAAUGCUGAUUGGCCAGGGCUGUGUUUGAAUCAUGCUGGCUCUGCCCCUGAUCUGCCACUUUGUCAGUCUCAGCCAAUCCUAUGGGGAAGCACUGUGAUUGGAUCAGGCUACCAUAUGUCAGCAGACUGCUUGUUUUUCUGAGUCUAACAGCAUGCAGAGUUAUAGCUUCAGGCUUGAAUACAGUAAGCUUUUACUAUAUUUAUGGAGGCAUGCGGGCUCAAGGGGGCUAGAUGGUGGUUUUAACACUAGAGGGUCAGGAAUACAUGUGUUCCUGACCCUAUAGUGAUCAUUUAAAGCCUACAUUAAAGGAAUACUCUAGGCACUAAUGCAUUUGUUAGCUUUUGACCUCAUUAAUAUGCUGUGUUUUGCACGCUCACAUCUUUAGAUUUGGCACACACAAAUGGUUUUUGCAGAAUGCUACACUAUAAGCCUGCCUCCUUAGCCAUACCUCUCAUGCUUGAAACUAUUCUUCAGUACAAGCCCAUAGUUCAGCCCCUAACCGCACUGAAUGAGCUGAUUUUCACUUAGACAGAGAAGCUACAAAACAGGUAGUGAUAUCCUUACUAUAUAUCUCUUGACUGGUGUCCUCUACUUCGGAUGUAGUUUGCUUUAAAGUUCAGGUCAUGCAAUGCGGUCUCUGUCCCUUUUAAGAACCACUAAAGUCACCCACAUCACAUCUCAAUGAAGUGAUCUGUGUGCUGUGGUCCUGUCUUUUUAACACUUUUGUGUUCUACAUUGCCCCUUUAUUUCCACAGUAAUGUUUACAUUGGUUAAAAUACACCUCCAGUAGCUAUCUUCCUGACAGUCACAGCGUGCUUUCUCGUCCAGAACAGAGUCAAACUUUGUGUUGCAAUCAAAUUCUAAGUAUGGCAUUUGCCCGUCUACAGGUGGUCCGCACUUUAGUACCCACCUGUUUUACAGCGACUCGCACUUACAACCAGCUCUCUAGCGUGGGAAUUCAAGGGAUUCCCCACAUUAGAGAGCUAGUCUAUGUUCGGGGAAUUUGUCUACGUUCGGGUAAAUUUCCUCGAACAUAGAAAAACACACCAGUGCAGGGAAUCCAUCCCUAAGGACUGUUUUAUGUCGGACAUACCUAGUAUGUCUGCAGUCCUUAAGGGGCUAAACUCUUCUCAAGGUAUCUCCACUGCAAUACAGUGGGGACUGAAUUGCGUCCUAGUCCAGGAAUUUAAAACUACUGUAUGGAUAUGCAACUAGGGACAGGGAUAUAUGCUUUGUGUUUUGCUAAAUGUAUCUUUAAAAUAUUUUUUUAUUGUAUUUUCAGAGUGCAAUAAGUGAAUUCAUGGAUCAUGGAGGCAUUUCAUAUGAACUGUAAGUAAAAUCUGUGUUUAUGCAAUUCACAUUACAGAUAAUGCAUAAACUAUCUAUAAAGUAUAUGAAUUUGCAGCAAGCUCUGUCAAGACUAGUUUCCUUUUGUGACAUCUGUUGAUCCACUUAUAAACCUCUACAUGGGUUAUUUAGUAAAGUUCCCUUAAAUUUGAAUUAACUUUAAAUUCUUAAAGUUAAAGUGGGAGUGGGGGAAGAGUUAAGGGACCUCAUUGCACCAUACGCUGUGCAAGAAGCUAUUUUGAUUGGUUUUUUUGGAGUAUCACUUUGUAGGGAUCGACCGAUAUUUUUUUUUAGAGCCGAUAAUCUGUGAUCUUUCAGGCCGAUAGCCAAUAACUUGCCGAUAUUCUGUACAUUUACCAUUUUGGAAAGAACAGAAAAUAAUCCCUCCCUUAAGCAGGGACUAUGGAGUGUGUCCUGAAAAUAUCCAGACAGGGGAUAACCCUAAAUAUUGACUUGCAAAAAAUGUCCUGGAUACACGGAUAGGAUAUUUCAGAGUAUUCUAUUACUGAUGAUAACCAUAAUUUUAUUAGUCAUCGUAAACAAAGACAAACCAAAAAAUAAAUAAUAAAAACCACUAUCCCAAAAAUAAAUACAUGAAGAGGAAAUAAUGAAGCUCAGUAGGCUAGGAAGGGGAGGCCAAAUAAAAUGGCAAUACUAGAAGUUAAAUGCUCCUAUAUGGCAUAUAUGCCACCUAUAGACUGAAUAUGAAAAGCUAUAGAAGCUAUAUUGGAGACUAGUUAGAUCUCCAAAUGCCCCUAGUGUGAAGCCAGUCGGUGUAAAGUCCUAAAACUGAUAAUAAAAAUAUGCAUCGAACAGACAUACAGCUGAACACUCUAGUCCCACUGACUCAGACAUAGCAAAUCUCCUGGCAUAAAAUAGUGAGCAGCUAAUGUCAAGUGAUAGUACACACUAAACUUAUGCACAUAUUGUGCGAAGAGCUAUCCAUUGCUAAUCCUGUGUAUAGGAAGGCUAAUAGAUACUGAAUAAGUAGGAGACAAAAUCCCUAUCUAAACAUAAAUCUGGCUUAAAUCCGGCUUCUAUUCCCCAUAAAUUAAAUUAACACCCUAAACAGGGUGUAUAUUUGUUCUCUUGGUGAGAUUUUUGGGAAGUCUCACAGAUUCUCUGCUGCCCAUUCCUUUUUUUGCACUGUGUAGUGAGCGCUUAUAUUCUGUUGUAUCCACAAAAUAUACAUGCCAAAUGUAGUGGAUGAAGUGUGUUUAGACAGGGGAGCUGUGUGUGUUUGUAUAAUGAAUGCAGUGAGUGUUUGUGUAGUGUGUGUGCACAGUGAAUGCAGUAAGUGUUUGUGAUUGUGUGUGUGUGUGUGUGUGUAUGUAGUGAUUUGUGUAAAAUGGGGGGUUUUUUAUUUUAAUUAUUUUUUAUAUAUAUAUAUUUUUAAAUGGGGUUUGUUGUGUUUUUUAUUUAUUUAUUUUAGUCCCCUCUCCCUGCUUCUUACCAGGGUUAUAGUAUUCUCUGGUGGUCCAGUGGCUUGUUAAGUACUGGGGGGCCCGCAGGAAGCUGUUUCUUACCUUUCUUGCAGCUCCCCAGUGUAAAUCUUGCGGCCCUUAGUGCCGCGCGGAGCGCUGCCGUGCACAGAAUUACGUAUUCAUAAGUAUAUAUUUUGCUUUAGUAGCUUUUGUUAUCUGUGUCCUUUAUAGUGGUAUGGAGCAUUGUGAAAAGUUUGAGAUCUCAGAGACAAGUGUAAAUAAAGGUCCAGAAAAGAUCAGACCAGAGUGCUUUGAACUUCUCCGUGUCCUUGGUAAAGGUGGCUAUGGCAAGGUAAGAGUUUGUAGUUGCUAAUUUGUUUUUAGGUUAAGGAUUAAUUCUUGGUGUAAAUAUUUGCAUUACAAGUGUGAAUGAUUAUUUUUUUGUUAGACAUAUGAUUUUUCGUCAAAAACGCACUAUAAUCACCUGAACAACAUAUUGUGUAUGCAAGGGUACAGGAAUGUCUCCUCUAUUGCACACAGUUGCUUGUAACUGCAAUGAUUUCAGCUGUGAUGCUGCACCUUCUCCUUUGAAUGUAUUUUCAUGACAGAAAGGUCAGAUCCUGGAGACUGGAAUGAGAUUUCUGGUGGAUAUUCUUACCCAAUUUGUGAACUAGCAAAUGUAGGGUUUUGGGUUUUUUUUUCUUGUGAAGAAUUGAUUCAAGAACAAAGACUAAAUGGUUAAUAUCUGUUUUAUGGUCUUCAGGUUUUUCAAGUACGCAAAGUGAUUGGAGCCCAUACAGGAAAUAUAUUUGCAAUGAAAGUGCUUAAAAAGGUAAGCUGUUAGAAUUGUCUUGAAACUGUUUUUGGUAACGCAUCAUCAAUUUGGGAUUACAUAGAAGAACAUCAGUUGUGAAAUUAGGAACAGCUUUAUGUAGUGGUUCUAUGGCAAAAAGACUGCUUCUACAUUUGUCAUUUGUAAAAAUUGUCUUUUCUGAGAAAAGGCGGUGUUUGCAUUGCUGCAUUAUGCCACCUCUAGUGGUUGUCAGUCGGACAGCCUCUAGAGCGUUUAUGGUCUUGCAGUCUUUGCAUAGUACUUGUUUGACAGAGACACCAAAUGCUCCCCAUAGAGAUGUAUUGAGUCGUGAUUGUUGCACAUGCACACUGGGCACCCAAUGCUUCCCUAUGGGGAAGCAUUGGAAUGGCUAAGAUCAUCAGUAUUGAUUAUCUCCUCAGCCUUUUUUUUAAUGAUUUUAAAAUGAAAUGAACACUUCAAGCACCUUAGCAUGUCCCCUCCCCUCAAUGUUAUUGUAAGCGUGCAAUCGGUUAAUACUCUCUGGCAGUGAUCUGGCUGUGCACGGCAGAGUUUAGAUCAGGGUAGCUAACAGAAGCUUGUAGAAUCUUUUUGCUCUCCAUGGGGGAAGUUAGUGCCAUCUGCCAGACCUCAGGUAGAAAGCUAUAUUUUUGGCAAAUGUUUUGACUACUUUCAUUGUGGAGAGCCAGAAAAAAAGGAUACCAUAAUCACUACAUCACACUAUUUUGGUGCUUGGAAUGUUCUUUUUUUUUUUUUUAUUAUUAUUCUUUAUUUUUGUAGUGCAUAAGCUUUGAACAGAUGCAUGUGAGGUACCCCAAAGGCAAUCCUCCAGCAGUUAAAGGACCACUCUAGGCACCCAGACCACUUAAGCUUAAUGAAGUGGUCUGGGUGCCAGGUCCAGCUAGGAUUAACCCAUAUUUUUUUUUUUUUUAAAUAAACAUAGCAGUUUCAGAGAAACUGCUAUGUUUGUAAAUGGGUUAAUCCUUCCUCCAAUUCCUCUAGUGGCUGUCUCAUUGACAGCCGCUAGAGGCGCUUGCGUGAUUCUCACUGUGAAAAUCAGUGAGAGCACGCAAGCGUCCAUAGGAAAGCAUUAUGAAUGCUUUCCUAUCCGACCGGCUGAAUGCGUGCGCAGCUCUUGCCCCGCGUGCGCAUUCAGCCGAAUGGGGAGGAACGGAGGAGGAGAGCUCCCCGCCCAGCGCUGGAAGAAGGUAAGUUUUUACCCCUUUCCUCUCCCCAGAGCCAGACAGGAGGGGGUCCCUGAGGGUGGGGCCACCCUCAGGGCACUAUAGUGCCAGGAAAACGAGUUUUCCUGGCACUAUAAUGGUUCUUUAACAAACAGUUGAACACAGAGGUACAUGGUAGAUCUAGCACAUUUUUAUAUAUGAAUAGGGUGGGUGCUAAACAUAGGUUUUCGUCGCUUAGGGAGCUUAAAUUCUCAUAACACAACGCAACAGCGCUUUACUAUCUAGUUGUGAUAUUAUUAUGCUGUGCCAAGAGCUAGUGUGUUCCUGCAAGCUAGGUUUAGAGUUAUGGGUGAGUUUACGUUUUCAGGUUGAAAUGUUCCUUUAAAAGGUAGUGUGAGCUUGUUUCACUAGCACAGUGAUGGACUGCAAAUUACUACUUCCCAUAUGUAGAGGGAUUUUUUUAUUUUAUUUUAUUUUUUUAAAUCUGCCAAUGAACAGCUUCAUAAAUAUCCUUGGUGUUUGUUAUUUUUUUUCGGUUUUUUUUUAGGCCAUGAUUGUUCGGAAUGCAAAAGACACAGCUCACACAAAAGCGGAGCGAAAUAUCUUGGAGGAAGUGAAGCACCCUUUCAUCGUAGAUUUAAUUUACGCCUUUCAGACUGGUGGAAAACUCUACCUCAUUUUAGAGUAUCUCAGUGGUCCGUUUGUAUGGUGUCUUGCUAGAUAGAUGGUUUAAUUAAUAUUUUCAAGUGUGUAUCAUGACUGCAUACAUUUUUCACUUGGUAACUUCAAAUUGUUUAAACUUGUGAGAAAGCAAUAAAUUCUGUAUUUCAGAUUUUAUCAUCCAGUAUAUAAUUAUUUUUUUUACAUAUAUAUUUUUGUUGGAGCAAUAAACUGCUAACACACUUGGUAGCAAGUUAACAUGAAAGACAUAUGUUAUGUGCAUAGCAAUAAAGAAGGCAUGCAUUGUGUGAAUUUUAGAUGAGGAAUUGUCACUAAAGUUAAGUGGAAAUUAAAAAAAUAAAUAAAUAGGAAAAGAGGUGAUUGGAAGAAUGGCAGUUUGGCAAGAGGAUAGCAGGUUAAGAAAUAUCAGUAUGUGGAAAGAGUGGAACUACAGAGGGGUUGUGUAUAAAAGAUAAUUCUGGGGUAAGGUUUUAAAAGUAAAGUAAUUGCCAUGUGGAACUUAUAGAAGAACAAAAUGUGCAGUGUUAAACUUCACUCUUUCCAUUACACACCUCAAUGUACAAAUAAUUUAGGAAGUAUUUAAACCCCUUAAUAUUUUCUUAAUAUUGCAGGCUCAUGCUACAGUUGUUUACUUUUUUCUUCCCCCACAACAAUCUCAAGAUUGUAAGCUUGUUGAAGCAGGAUCGUUAUCAACCCAUUGUUCCGGUCAACAUUUGUAAUAGUUUUUGUUAAAUUUCCCCAUAAUAAAGUACAGCACUGUGGAACAAGUUGCCGCUAUAAAAUUAUCAAUAAGUACCCCAUAUUGAUAAGUAAAGAAAACAUAUUUUUGAAACUUUACAAACAUGUUAAACAGGAAGAAAAAAAAACUAAUCUCACACUGACCUAAAUAAUCAAACCCUUAAUACUUAGGUGAAGCACCUUUUGGCAGCAAUUACUGCUUCAAGACUUGGGGUAUGAUUCAACAAGCUUUGCACCCCUAGAUUUGGUUAGUUUUUGCCAAUCAGGUCUUCUCCGUCUUGGACAGGUUGGAUGGAGAUUGUCCAGUUUCUCCUGACCUAUUCGAUUGGUUUGAAGUCCAGGCUCAUACUAGAACACUCAAGGACAUUCAUAGUUGUCCAUAAGCCGCUUCUGCAUUGUCUUUGCUGUGUUCUUAGGGUCAUGGCCCAGACUUCUCUGGAUCAGGUUUUUCAUUAAGGAUAUCUUUGUAAUAUGUUGCAUUCAGCUUUCCUUCAACCUUGACCAGUUUCCCAGUCACUUCUCUUGCCAUGACUCUUCUCCCCCAAUUGCUCAUUUUAGCUGCAUGGCAACUCUAGGAAGAGUCCCAAUUGUUCCAGACUUCUCCAUUUUUAGCAUUUUGGACCUUCAGGGCAGCGGAUAUAUUUGUAGCCUUCCCCAGAUCUGUGCCUCAACACAUUUCUGUCUUUGAGCUCUGCAGGCAGUUCCUUUGACCUCAGGCUUGGUUGCUAUCCUGAGAUAUAUUUAUAGCUCUGAGACUUUGUAUAGCCAGGUGUGUGCCUUUCUAAAUCAUACCCAUCAAACUUGCCACAGGUGAACUCAUGUAAUUUAGCAUUAACCUUUGAAAAUCAUUUAAAACUGGAUGGAAGGGCAGGAAUUCCUGGCACAAACCAUCUCAAUGAAGGUGAAACCAUCACCGUGCCUAUAGUGUUUAUUUUAAUUAUUUGGUAGAAAAUUGGAUCAAACCUCACAAAAUAACUAAACAUAACAGAUUAUUCUGUCUCAAGGUUAAUCUUUCAAACCUUGUAGACAUGGCUAAUCUCCGAAUAUUCUGUGUGCAUAAACAUAGUGUAAAGAUGAAUACAAAUUUAAAUAUGAAAAUUUGUUUCCAAAUGACUGCAAACUCAUCAUCAGUUAUGUUCGAUUAAAGUGCGCCAAAUUCCUUGGUGGCAAUUUCAAAAGCAUAUACCUAGAAAUUUAGGGAUUGACCGAUUAUCGGUUUUACCGAUAUUUGGUAUUUUCGGCAAUAUCGAUAUCUGCCAGUAUAGAUACCGAUAAUACCGCCUAGGACCGUGGGGCUCGUUACAAGCCCAGCGGUCCUGAGGGGGCCGGCAGCAAGCUGUUACCUCCCAGCAGCUCCUCCAGCUCCCCAGUGUAAAUCUCAUGAGACCCGCAGCCGUCAGAGCGUUGCCAUGGGUUACCAUGGCAACGCGGCGCGCAGGUUGCAAGAUUUACGCUGGAGGAGCUGCUGGAAAGGUAAGAGCUUGCUAUAUUCACUAUACACACUGCAUUAACUAUACACACUACACAAGUACACACAGCUCCACUGUCUAAACACACUGCAUGUGGCUUGUAUAUUUUGUGCAUUUACCUUUAGAAAUAGUUUAUUUUUUCAAAAUGGUAAAUGCACAGAAUAUCGGCUAUCUGCAUGAAGGUUAACAGAUUAUCGGUAUCUGCUCUAAAAAAAAUCAAUAUCGGUCGAUCCCUAGAAAUUAUCUUGAUAUUUGUCGUGAUUCCCUUUUAUUCCAGAAGUUGUCCUUAAGGGGGUUAAAUCUCUCAAGACACUGUUUAGCAGUUGUGCAUGAAAUGAUGCAUUGCUGUGUCUGGUAUAUAAACCCACCUAUUCUGUCACUUAACCUUGUUUUCCAUACAUCUUUUUAUUUUGCUGGUAUAUCCCCUAAAAGCUUCCAUACAUAGAAGGCUGAUACAACUAACUCCUGCUCAAAAUGAAAUUUAGGUUGUACAGCUUUAAAUUACUUACCCGGUGUCAUGUUCAUAGUAUUUUCUUACCACUUGUUCUGUAGGAAGUAUGUUGGACUAAAUGCAAGUUUAUAGGAAAGUUAGAUGAGAAAUUGCCUACACUGCAAUCCCUACAGUAUGGCCUAUGACAUGACUUUCCACUAGCCUACUUACUAAAGACAAGCAAAUAACAUUUUCUUAUAUACAUAACUUUAGAUAGGUUGGCAACUCCUUUAUAGCUGAAAAACCAAAGUCAUAUUUUUGUGAGGAUUGAGCAUGUAAUCUUCAUAUGUACUGGAAUGGACCAUCCGACUAGUUUUUUGUUGGCAUUCAUGCAGCACUGAUAUAUUCUGUGGUGCUUUUAUAUAUUUUUUUUGUGAGAACCAAACUUGAUUCUGUGUGCUUUUAUCGUAAAAGUAGGAGAAGCAGUUUUGUCAGGGUAUAAAAUCUUUUUUUGUAUGUAUUGAACACAGGAGGAGAACUCUUCAUGCAGUUGGAAAGAGAGGGGAUUUUUAUGGAGGAUACGGCUUGGUAAGUGAAAUCCUAGUUACUUUGAGUCCCCUUAUUUUAGGGGCACCUGAUUUACAUACAUUAGAAGGAUGAGUCUAGAGGAGCUACCAAAAUAACAAAUAGACACUUUAUGUUAAUCUCAUCCGAUUAUUUUUAAUGUAAUUCCUUAUUACCCCUAAUGCUCUUUAAAUCGCUGAAGUGCCUUGCGUGAAGUGUCCUUUUUUUUUUUUUUUUCUUCAGUUUACAAAGUUCAUAUUUCACUCCAAAUUGUCACUUUUAUACAAAUAAUCUUGUCACACCACCCAGGCUGUCAAUCAAACAAGGUCCUGUUUUUUUGUUUUUUUCAGUUUUUACUUGGCAGAAAUCUCAAUGGCAUUGGGGCAUUUGCAUCAAAAAGGAAUAAUUUAUCGUGACUUGAAACCAGAGAACAUCAUGCUCAAUCACCAAGGUAGAAAUAAUUUUGUGCUGCAAAUUGUGUAAAUUAACUUUUGCUUGAUUUACCGGUUUCGAUUCAUCUGUUGUCCUAUUCUAAUAUAUUCAGUAUCAAAUCCACAAUGUACAUUACACAAUCGUCUGUUGGCGUUUGUAAUAAAAAAAUUUAAAAAUCCACUUUAUUUUUUAGAUUUGCCGUUGUGUUAAUAUACUUUCUGUAUUUCAGUUGAAGGUUAUGCAAUGUUUCUUCCUCCAUUUGCAGGACACGUGAAGCUGACUGAUUUUGGCCUUUGCAAAGAAUCUAUUCAUGAUGGCACAGUAACACACACCUUCUGUGGAACAAUAGAAUACAUGUAAGCAAUUUUAGCAGUGUGUUUUCUGCAAAACCUGUAUUAUUUUACCUUGGACUAACCUGUAUCAUUGCAAAUUUUACAUUGCUGAACCUGGCACACAUGAUCUUACCUUAAUUGAGAUUUGUUUAUAUUUUGCCGGUGCAUGCACUGUAUUAAUACAUACAUGAUAUUGUAACACGCCACUUACUUGCAUUAUGUAACAGCAGUUACUCAAAUAGUAUUUUAGUUUAUAUUAACCGUGUUAGUACAUCAGAAUGAGGAUGUGUGUAGUUCUUCCUGCCAGGGCAUGUUAAGUCCUUGCAUUUCAGUGUUCCAAGAUAAACAAUGAAAAAUUUUGAUUUUGUGGCAUACCAUGUGGCUAUUGAUUUAUUGUUUUUUCUUUUAGGGCCCCUGAAAUUUUAAUGCGGAGUGGUCAUAACCGUGCUGUAGACUGGUGGAGUCUUGGGGCGUUAAUGUAUGACAUGCUGACCGGAGCAGUAGGUGCACUGUUUUUUACAUGCAUGCCUUUAUCUCAACCAUCUCACUUGCAAAUGUUACAUUGUCAACAUUUAUUUGCAUCACAGAACUAUGUCAUCCCUAGAUAUAUAGAUAUAUAGAUAUAUAGAGAGAUAGAGAGAGAUAUAUAUAUUUAUUUUUUUCUCCCAUGUUUGGCAUUUUUAGCUGCGAAUGACACAGUAAUAAAAAAUUAGUUUGGGUUAAUAUAUGCUGUAAUAACAGUGGAGUUAUUUUUAGUGGGUUUAACAGUUAAUGGCUUGGGUAAGAACAUCACCGGCAUUUCAAAUAUAUUCUUUGUUUGCAGCAGUUUUAGAUUUGGUGACUACUCUUAAACUUCUAGUCACAGUAUACAAACAGUGGUUCCCUCCUUUUACGAAGCAUGUAACUCCUUUAAAAUGGUUUGGGAAUCCUAUAUGAGAGACAUAUGAGAUGAUCCCCAAAUAUGGGAGAAUUGAGUUUUCUCAAUUAUUUUAUUUUUCUUUUGCUGAUCAUUUCUACAGUACUUGCGCAGCUUAAGUCUGAAAUUAAACUUCAGUUUUCCCCAUUUAUUUAAUAUUUUAUUCAUACUUGUCCUUUAUACUAAUACGUAUGUCCAAUAGACACACUGUAUGUCCCUUAAAACAUUAAUGUAUAUAUGGCUGCAUUUCAAAAUAUCAGGGAACAAAUUAUAAAUAUCUUAAGAAUAAUAAAAAAAACUUGUCACAAUUACACAGAAAUCUCAUUUAUAACAGGGUUAAUAGAUUUGCGUUUCUUUCAGCCGCCAUUUACUGGUGAAAACCGAAAAAAGACCAUUGAUAAAAUUCUUAAAUGUAAACUAAACCUGCCUCCCUACCUCACACAAGAAGCCAGGGAUCUCCUCAAAAAGGUAUGAGAUCUUGUGAUUUAUCUUAUUUGAUGAUAUCAGUCAUUCCAAGUUCACUAAUUUGUGUUAUGUGCACAAGAAAAGUGUUUGAUGGGGGGGUAUAAGGUCAUAGAGCAGGGCCCUCAACCUCUCUGUUCCUGUGCGUCAGUUUGUCUAGUUACAAUUACGUUUGUUACUCCACCCAUUGUACAACGCUACGGAACUUGCUGGCACUAUAUAAACAAUACGAUAAUAGAGGUGGGCUGGAUAAAUAAUUGUAUAUUGGUGUAAGUUAAUUACAGGAUACACAACAUCGAACAUUUAAGACAUGGCUGAUAAAAUAUAAAGUUCUCUCCUUUUAAUAUUUCCUGGGAAUAGAAAUGACAAAUUUUAAGACUUUUUGUGUAUCUGUAUUCAUUUUGUUUUAAAUAUUUUUUAUUGUGUGCAUAAUAUAAAGUCAUACAUCAAAUUGAUUUGUAAUAAAGCAAGUGAUUGCCCACGCAGGGGCUUAGGCAUUGGUUUAACACUGCAUAUACAUUUGGUUGUCUGCGUAGAUGCGGAUUUGUCCUAGCUUGUGUUUUUCGUGUACAGUGGAUUGCUUUGUGUUGUACUGUGUUACCUUUUUAGUUCGGUUAUAGCAUUAAUUAAUUGUUUUAAGUCAACUGGCAUGUUCCAGAGCUACGAGUUUGCUAGUUGGUAAAUGCAAAUUCUCGCCUGUGCAGAGGCAAGUGAAUCAGCUGGCUAAUUGGAGUCCGACAUUAAGCAGUAUAAAAACUUUUUCAACUAUCUGAUUAGCGCUCUAGACGUACGCCACCGCUGUGUUUAAAACUUGGCUUUUAACUAUUAAACAUUAGUAUGCACGUAGCUGUGAGCCUUAUUCGAUAAUGCUUAACUUGUUUGGAAUCAACUGAUGAGGGAAUGUAGGAGCGGACAGAUGCUGAUGCUAAGCUCAGUGCUUGUUCAGCAUAAAGGGCUUCGUUAAGCUUAAAUAACCGCCAAUAAGUAUGGUGCGGUGAACAUAUGUGGUGGAAAUGGUAUAUUAGUCAGGCACCGUGAGGCAAUGAUGCUUCCUAUCUGUAACGGCCCCGCAGUGUCUAGCUAAUUACAAAAUACGCAUGUCAGGAUUCAAGUGUAUUGAUAGUAGAAAUGUCAUCAACAUUACAUCAUAUCUGUAACAGUUUAGCAGUGUCUAGCUAAUUGCAAAAUAAGCAUGUCAUGCAUCAAGUGUAUUGAGAACAUCAGGGAACAAGCGCCUCUGGUGGCAAUGCAAUGCAAGAACCCAUAAACUUAUUCAUAUUAAAACAUCCUAAUUAUCUAAUAACAUGAGCCAGAAUCCCUAAGUAUUCAGCUUGUACAGCAGAGUACUAUUAUAGAACUUCUGAAACUUUCAGACAAGCAUGGCAGUCAGCUUAUAGGGUCAGUCUCGUAUGCUUCUGCUGUGUAGCUGAGUCCCUUGUCGUAAGCUGCGUAUUCAUCUUAGUCCCCCGACAGCGGGCGGGCUGCAGGUACAACACACUCCGAGCAGAGGGAGCCGACUGCAGACACAUCCGCAGCCAGUCCCCGGGGCGCCGGCCUUUCGCCGCGCCCCCCCAGGUCAUGCUGGGCUUCCGACCAGGAGAUCUUCAGCGCAGCGGGCACCCGGGGACCCACUAGCCCACAAGACCCCCCCACCUAGAGUCCGUGCGCCAGUCAUCCCCUGCACCCCCACCGCGCCUCUGGAGCCCCAGCCGGAUGAGGCGAAGGCCGUCUUGUGUCUCACCCUUCUCCGGCCUCCUAGGGCAGGCGCCGACUUCCCCUCAGCCACCGGUCCGCCGGGGGCCGCCGCGCUCCACUCCACAAGGGCACACAGUGUCGGGGACAGCCACCUCCUGGCCCUCCACAAAACCCAGAGGUGACGGCGAUCCGCUCUCAGCAAGGCAUAAUCCCAGGGUCGCAGCAUCCAGCCAGCGGGUCCCAAGGAUGUCGCGGCCGCGUCCCGCCUGGCCUCCUCCGCCCACGUGCAUCACCCCUAGUGCCCAUCUCCGCCUGUGGGUGUCACAUCCAUGGGGCAGCUUCUCAAGGUAAUGCCAGCAGUCUGACCUGAAAUAAGCAGUUGGGUAAUAAACGUCCCUUGAUUUCAGGUGUUAUCUGGCGGGCCACGGUUAGGCAGCCUGUGCCUGUACAGGAGGGCCGUGCGUUCCCCCGGUGGUGGCGUCCAGCCCGGGUUGUGUGGCCUCCAUGUGGCCAGGAUUACCCCCACCGGCCGGGGAAGGGAGCGGGGCCGCAGCUCUCGCCGCGUAGAUUCCUGUAGAGGUCCCCUCGACCUGUGUGUCUGUUCCUCCGGUCUAGCUCUUAAGUGGCAGUUCCCAGCCUGCGGUUGCCCAUGUUUAGGCUCAAGCUGGUGUGUAGGCCGGGUUCGUCCGUUUCGGUGUUCCUGAUGCGGUUGUGGCUGCGGUUUGGUAUGGUAAGGUAGCUUGGGUGGUGCCCCGUAUCGCUACUGUAAGUUUUUCUGCUUUGGGGCAGAUUGUGUGUGAGUUGUGUGGCAUUUUUCAGGAUUCUGUCCCGGAGCCAUGUUACUUUGCUGCCAUGCUGCUUGGCGGCCCGGCCCCGCCCCCCUCUGUAUUCAUUUUGACCAUGUCUUGUAUGCAGGAUCUUGCACACAACUUGGGUUCAACUCUCUCCUCCCAGAAAAGAUCAUGCAUGCGUAUGGGAACUGUGCUAUUUGUAAACUGAUAGCAGCCGCAGUAUGGCUACUACUGGAUUACAGAGCAGUUCAACCCUUCCCACUUCUUAUACUAUGCGGUGUUUAAGGAGGUUAAGUGAAUUCAUCAUGUGGGAGCGUUUUGCUUCUAGCUGCAGCAGACUUCGUAAACAAUGCAUUCAGUGACUUUUUAAACUCUAUCAUUUUAUAUUUUUCAAUGCACUUGAUCCCAUAGAUUCCCUUUUAAUUGAUUGUUUUUGAAACAAAUUGCAGUUUUCAACAUGUGACUUUAUCUUUUAUUAAAGCUGCUAAAAAGAAACGCUGCCUCGCGUCUUGGAGCAGGAGUUGGUGAUGCUGGAGAUGUUCAGGUAAUGUUGCACCCCUUUUUAUUCCUCUCCUUAACCCCUUAAAGAGGUAAUUGUCAAAGUUUGUGUUUGUUCCACAAUAAUGUAGGGUUUCUCUUUAAAAAAAAAUAACUUAGAUUAAAUUAAAAAAAAAAAUCUUCAGUAUAUAGGAAGUACUCUCAGGAUUUCUCCAGCAGAUUAGUUAAAACCUAGCUUUUUUUUGCUCCAAUAAGUCAGUAUUUCAGUGUUAACAGCAACAUUUCUACUGAGAUAGAUAUGGAUAGUCUUAAAGGACAGGGCUUUCUUUUAAUCUUUUUUUCCCUUCACACUUUUGCUUAUAAUUGUUAUACAUCCAGUGCAAUUAAAAUAUCAGUUCUAAUAUGUCUAUGAGCUAAAGUCUUGGCAGUUAAUGCUAACCCUAUACCAACUCUCUCCUCCCCGUACGCUAUACCAACUAUUCCUUUUAUCCUAUGCUUUCACUAACCAUAUACCUACCCUAAACAUAACCCUAUACUAACCCUAAAAUAGCAUUAACCAUACAAUACAACUGACCCUAAGGAAACAUAAUGCUAUUAUCAGUAGGGAUAUCAACAGAGCAGUAUGUUGCCAUCUACUUGCCCUAGAUGUCAAUUGGUGACUCCAGAAGCUGCAGAACAUUCAAUGCCAUCCUUACUGCUUUAAAAUACACUUUGUGAAGGAUAGCAUGGAACAUCCUAAUGUUGGGAAGAGGUUAAUUGCCUGGCCUUGGUUAAAAUCCUGUGUUUUACUGAACACGUUCUACAGUCACAUUUUUGAUAACUUUUGGGGGUCUGGAUGCAGUUUUCAUAGUGAUGUGGACAGACUUCUAAAGCAGAUUUUAUCAUGAAUGUGGCAAACCUUUUCAGCCUAUGUUACUGUUGUAGCACAACACAAAUGACUAAUUGGGCAGUAAAAUUCUUAACUAUGCCUUACUUGAAAGUUAACAUAAUUUUUCUUCAACUAUUAGUCUAAAAUAACAUUUGCCCGGGAUAACAAUUGACUCUUGUAUGCACUAAUUAUUUGCGAGUAUUGUUUUAUUUGAUUUUCAUGUUAUCACAUUUUUAGGCUCACCCAUUUUUCAGACACAUCAACUGGGAAGACCUCCUGGCUCGUAAGGUGGAGCCUCCCUUUAAGCCUCUUUUGGUAUGUGUGUGUGUGUAUAUUAAAAAAAGAAAAAAAAACAUACUCUUUGCAGGCACGUCAUGUAGUUUGGUAAUGUUUGCAAGCUUCUUUUAUAGUGCAUCAGAGCAUUAAUUCAUGAUUAUUCCUGAUUGUGAGAAUUCUAAUGAAUUCAAGAUGAAUUUCAAAUUUAAGCCCAAACAGGGAAGCACUGCGCCGCUUCCAGUUUGACUGAUUUGGCCUUAAAUUUUACAUUUACUUAGAUUUUCCAGCGAUUCUCCCUUUGUUGAAUAACCUUGCUGUUGUGAUUUAACACUUACAGGGUUAAUUACUAAAGUGAAAAGUAAAAGUGAAUUUAAAAUUUAAGAAGCUGAAUUGGGAGCAAAAUCUUAAGCUAUGUUUUCACAUUGUUUUGAUUUUAAAUUUGAAAUUCACUUUUUCUGUAAAUUCUUACUUUAGUAAAUAACCCUUUUAGUGUUCUAACCAAUAUCUGGAGUUCUAUCUAUAGAUACAUCACAUAUAUCCAUGGCAUUUUAUUGUUUAUCCUUUGCUAGGUGUCUCAUAGUGUUUUAAAUAAAUAUAUAAGGGUACUAUCAAAGGUGCUGAUGGAAAAACAAAAUGUCUUUUGAAAGUCAGGAUCUGAUUUAAUAUUCCUUAAGCUGGUUGAUAGUUGAAAACCUGAAUCUGGUUUUCCAUCCAUGGUAAAAUCUCUGAUUACAAUUUAAUAGCUGGAAUAAAAAGGAUUUGCAAAAGCAAUUACUGUUUUGGCAGUUGCCAUUUUCUUCCCACAAUUCCUUGCCUUGCUUGCCAUGAAUUGCCCAUCAAUGUAAUUUUGCAGAAUAGACUUUUCUAGAAUUCUUGAAUGUGCAUCUGUAUUUGUACAAAUCAAGAAAUAACUCCACUAAUCCAAAGCACAGACAAUCAUAUCACUAAUAAGAUGAAUGUCAAGGGGAGAUGUGUCAAACCGUAUGUCAUGCAGCUUUGUUAGAUAACAUUUGUAUACCUUAAUAAAACUUUAUGGCAAUACGAUCAUUCACAAAUUAGAUCAACACUUUUUGAAUGGGGCCUUUAUCUUGUAUGCCCAGAUGUGGGGUCUAAAUUUUAGCCAUUGCCUAACACUGAUAAAUGUUGAUAGGAUAAUUGCUCUCUGCAGUCCCUAACAUGGACAAUGUCUGGUUUAUUAACUUAAAAGUGGUGAGUUUUUCAUUAAAAUAAACUUGGAAAAAAAUUCCUCAACCUAGCUGUAGUUACUGCUUAACUUAAUUUCCAGGGUGCUACCGUUGGCAAAUAUAGCAAAGGGGCGAUAGUGGAAGUAUUCCUUGAGAGCCCUGAUUUUUUAUUUUUUUUUGUUUUGUUUUUUGUUAAACCACUCAAAUAAUUAGACAUUAACCAGGUCAAUGGCUUCCAUUUGCUAUUUAAGCACGCUCAUUGUAGUGGUUAGAGAGUAGUGACCAUUUAAGCUAGCGGUGCAAAGUUUACAGUUGCUAUCUCUAAAUGUGGACGGUGGUUGGUUUUACGUACCUCUUAUUCUUGCCUGUGAAAUUUUUACUCUCUUAGGAAAAAAGUCUGACUCAUUGCUUGGUCGUAUGUAAAAUAUAUGUAUAAUCUGCCUUUAUUGUCUUUUUAAGCAAUCUGAAGAGGAUGUGAGCCAGUUUGACUCAAAGUUUACACGUCAAACACCUGUGGACAGUCCGGAUGAUGCCACACUCAGUGAAAGUGCCAACCAAGUGUUUGUGGUGAGUAAAACAUUUAAAUUGUGUUAAGGUGUUUUUUUUUUUUCAAAUCCAAUUAAACAUUAGUGUCAUACAUUUGUUCGGUAACAAAUCACAGGUGUAAGAAAAUAUGAUGAUGUAAACCAAUUGGAAUAAAGAGUAUGCAACUGUAGACACUGCACAUUUUUGUCCCUGCAUAAGUUAAAGUAUUACAGUAAUAUACAAUAUGCAGUAAUAAAAAUUUUAUUCAAGGCUCUCAUCCUUUGUGAAUGCAGUAUUUACCUUAUUGGUGAUAUCCUAAGGUAUUAGACCAGUGUUGGCCAUGUGUUUUCUUUAUGACUGGCUGUAUCUCCAUCAGUGUCCCUUUAAUGUAAGAAUUGACUUAGAAUUUUGUGAAUUGCGUUUCUUAUGAUACUUCACCAGUUUGGGUAUUUUGCAAACAGCUUGUGAACUUGUUUGGCAGUUUUAACCAUCAUUUGUGUAAGUUACUGCAGGCGCCCAAACCUUUCCAAGCAUUUCUACUGCGAUACAUACUUUAAACCCAUACUAUAUGCAAAAAUCUGGUGACUCAUCCACUUUCUGUAGUAGCAUGAUAUAUAAAGAGCAUUACAAUACUGAACAUACAGCAGUGCAUGUGUCCCUGUGUGGAAUUAUGAAGAUCUGUAUAAGGUUAAUGAGCAUUGGUAUACAGCAAAAUAGCACAUAUGAAAAUGUAGUAACUUGUUUGCAUCCCUCUAUUCCACCUUUACAUUUUAAGUUACUGUUCCUUAUUAGUUCAACACUGUGAUGUGACAUUGCAGUUACAGCUGUAUAUAAAUGACAUAAUUAUCUAGAUUGUCAGUCUUAAGUGAACAUACUGUUUUAUUUUUUUUAUUUUGUUUUACACUGAGCUCACUCACUGUAUGGAUAAGUAACAAUCUGCUUAAGUCUCCAGCCAACAGGUUGAAGCUGUUACUGUUUCACUGAAAUUAAGAUAUUUUCACACUAACCUCUAAUCUAAAAGACCUACAAACUUCAAACUCCUAGCACUAAAAGACCCCAGACCUACCUCCCCCAACUGUAUCACACCACUUAAUUGUUUAUUAUGAGAACAUGGCACAUAUAAAGAUAUCAAUAUAGUGUCAUUGUAACUGCAAUUCUAAACAAAUCAUAGCUGGUGUUAGUCUGGGCAGUGUCUAUAACUGCUGUUGCUAAAGUACUGUGACCCACAGCUUCUUAACACAUUAACACCAGUGCCAUCAUAUUAUAUCUGUUCAGAGAUGAAGCAACUGGAGAUCUGUGGACUGAUGCACAAUGUGUGUUUUUCUCAUGGUCUCAAAGAAUCUCAGUUCAUCUCCGAGCUGAGAAUUCUAAACCGAGGGGGUGGUGGGUGGCUAACAUAACUGAAAUGUCAUGUACAUUUUUACAGUUUUGAAUUUACAUAUGAAACUUGCCUCAGUAAAGUCAUGGUUUCCAGGUUUUUUAAAUCCAUAAAUGUGUCAAAACUGUCUGGGGGAAAAAAAAAAUUAAAAUUCAAAACACCAUGAAAAAACAUGAGCCUAAAGGUGGUAAAAAGAAAUAGGAUCUCUGGUUUUAAAACUCACAAACAUUUUCUCUUUCAGGGCUUUACUUAUGUGGCUCCCUCUGUACUUGAAAGCGUGAAAGAAAAGUUUUCAUUCGAACCAAAAAUUCGCUCACCUCGCAGAUUCAUCGGUAGCCCUCGGACACCUGUGAGGUAAUGGCACAUGUUCACUACGUAUAAUAGUUGGCAAAUACAGCUGAAUGUUCAAGAAUUUAUACAAGUCUAGUUUAGCCGCACAGUGGGGUUUAUUUACCAAAUUCAACGUUAUAACGAAUAUCUGAAUAGCAAAAUUUAUGGAAACCUAGUUGAUCUGCAGAACCAGUUAUUCUAUCUUUGGCCUAUACUUUCUUUUUUUUUUUUUUCUUAUUUGCUACAAUUCAGAGUAUAGCGAAUAAGCCCUGGAAAAACUAAGUGAUUGAUUUUUUUUUUAUUAUUAUUAUUUUUUUUUUUUGACCAUCUUAUUUUUAUUGAAAGAUUUUAAGAGAAUAAGUGAGUUUAUUGUAUUGUAAAUAUUAUCUAUGCACUACAUAAAGUGUAUGUAUUUUCUAAAGAAAGUUGUUUUGUGUUUUAAAAUAGACAACCUCCUCUAAUCUGCAGCACCACUUCACCACCUGGGAGAUCCUCCCAAAGGGGGAUCACAUGUCACUAGCCAAUCCAGUACUUCUCGUAGAGAUACGUUGAAACAUUGCUUUCUGCUUUGAGCAAGUGCUUAAGUAAGAGUACCCUACUGGCUGUAUGACAGCCUAGAAAAUUUGUUAAAAGCUCUUAUUUCUCUUGAAAUCAGUGCUUUUGUAAAGUAAGACAUAGGACAAUGUUGGCCCAUAAAGCAAGUCAGCAAAUUGAAGUAUUUUAGCGGUUUGGAGUGUUCCUAUAUAAUUCGACUGGUCAGCAAGUGGCUGUAUGAUCUCAACGUUCCAUGAGUGCCAAUCUCUGCUUUUUAUUGGAUAACAUUAAGAGGAAAAGUAGACUAAUAUUGUAAAAUUUACUUUUUUAGCCCUGUAAAGUUUUCUGCUGGUGAUUUUUGGGGAAGAGGAACUGCGGUUGGGACCACAAAUUCACAAGCGUCAUCUGAAUAUCGAGUGGAAGCAGGCGGAAUAGAACAAAUGGAUGUGACUGUAAGCGGAGAAGCAUCAGCACCACUUCCAAUCAGACAAUCCAAUGCUGGACCCUAUAAAAAACAAGCUUACCCAAUGAUGUCUAAGAGACCAGAGCAUCUACGCAUGAAUCUAUGACAAUGCAGUGUUUCCACAUGUAUUCUGACUUGUACAGGUGGUAAAGCAAAUGGAACAACAAUCCAGCUUAUGACAGAGCAAAAAAUUAAUUGGUUGGGACAGUCAUGAGUCCCUGUAAGUGAAAGCGAAAAAAAACGUGGAACCAGUUGCUGCACAGGACAGUAUGGAAAGACUAACCAUUUUUAAAAAAAAUAUAAAUAAUAUAUAUGUAUACACAAAUAUAUAUAUAUCAAUCAAUGGUGCAACAAAACAAACAAGAGUUAGGAUAAACACAUUAUUGAGGUGGAGAUGUGUUCCUUCCCUAUCAAAUUUGGAAAUCAACAGUAUUAGUUCAUUGGUAAAUUGAUCCUUACCCACCCAAAAAUGAAAAACAGAACUGGAAUUCAUUAUAUAAUGGCACAAUAUAUAUUCAAUAAAGAUUCUGGCAUGACAUGGGUUUAAAUCUAAACUAUUGCCAAAACAGAAUACUUGUUCUGCUUUGAGGUUUGAUUACACUUAAUUACAUAUGUGUAAUCUAAUGUUUUCUGUCCAUGAAUGUGAAUGAAAACUGUCCUUUUCUUAAAGUUGGGCUAUUUAAACCCAGAAACUAGUCUUCCAGUGUUUUGGCAGACUUGCAUGCAUCUGGGUAACUCCUAAAUCAUUGCGAUUGAUUUUUGAAAAUGCCCAUCAAUUUCUAGCAUACAAAUGUGCUAUAAGACUGUUCAAGUGCUUUAGGCGGAAAGUAAAUUUGAGCAUCUAAAGCCAAUUUAGACUUGAAAUGUAAUCAGGGCACUUGUAGUACCUUGAAUGUUUUGGAAGGUCUGAAGCUGCCUGGAAUGUGUCCUCUACUCUUGCCUUUAUUUUCUUCAUAUCCAACAAAACCUUGAUCUUGUCCUCCAAAUAGGGACUUUAAAUACUGGGACUUCUCAUCAUUCUGAUUUGUUAAAGUAUUACAUGGCCUUUAUACUCAUGUCUUCCAUUGUGAGGAAAAAGAAGUCUGAGGCUGAACGUUAGGGUUGUAAUCACACUGCUGGUGUGGUCAUGGACUCUGUGUCAGUGGCUUAAAGGUACAAAGAAAGAAAUAAAGGUAUCUUUACCUUGCCUUAAAAGCAUUUUCAUCAACAUAAUUUGGUGUAUUAAAUCCUCAUCACUGUAAAUUGCAUUACAAACAAGUCGGCCCUCUCAAGUUUUUAAAUAUCCUAUGGUGCAUUUCACACUUGUUUCUAUGAUCUGUGCCAAUGUUUUAAAGUGUAAGAAGGGAUAGCAAAAAAAGGAUAUUUAAAAACCUGUCUGUUAAGUCUGAAAUAGUUGAGAAGUAGGAUCCAAGCCAUAGAAAAAAAAAAAAUCCCUUAAAUCAGGGAAACCAAUUAACGAACUGUCACAUCAUUGGGUUUUAAUGAGGGACUGAUUAUGGCGAAUUGAUUGUGCAUUUUCUUAGCAGAUCUUAAGGACUUGUUUUGCAUUAUAUAAUGUGAGUCAGACAUUUUCAUUUGUGACUUGAAAUUUUAAGAAUCUCUAAUAUCACAGCAUAAUUAACUGUGGUCUUUGCCACCUGCUUACGUAAAAGUCAGAAUUCUGUAAAUUGCAUCUUUAUCCAAGAUGGACGUCAGCGUUACAGCAUCAUUUCUAGCGGUUCCUAUGACGAUUCAUUACCAAUACGUUGGGGAUUUGAAAAGCAAAGCCUUAAAAGAAGUUUCAGUAAUAACAUAUUUCAUUUGAUUAAAUAUAUAUGAAAACAUUAAUGUUUGUUCAUUUUCUUUUUCUGUGUGAAAUGCUAAGCAGCC